CAUCCCUCUCUCCCCACAACUUCAAAGCCACAUUUCUACAUCUUCUAGCAACAACUUCCCCACCCUGUCCCUCAAUUUCCAAACCCCAAGCUCUAUUCUUGGUCAAACAAACUGCAUCGAUCUCUCAAGGAGAGCCAAAGGACAAUGCUGGACAAGGAAGACAGGACGAGGAUGCUCCCCAAGAGCUCGAGCCAGAAGACGCUCCGGGCCGCCAUGCUGGAGGAGCGAGCCACCAUGGCCAGCCGCCUCCUCUCCAAGGACCCCUCCGUCUCCAACCCCUCCUUCCGCGUCUACUACGGCGUCGCCUCCGCAGGCUCGGUGCCCUUCUUGUGGGAGUCGGCGCCGGGCACGCCCAAGAACUCCAUCUCCAACACCACCCUCCCGCCGCUCACCCCGCCGCCGUCCUACUACAGCAACAAGGGCGCCGCCAAGACCAAGUUCUCCAAGUCCCAGUCGUCCAAGAAGCUCUUGUCUUCCUCCAAGCCGGCCAGCUUCGUCCAAAGCAUAUUCCCCAAGCUGCGCAGGAGCCACGCCAUGCCAUUACGGUCAUCGACAUCGGCGCAGCCGUCCAAGGAUGGCGCACAGGUGCAGUGCACCCGGGGCCGGAACAGGCUGCUGGCGAGCCCGCGGUCGUCGUUCUCGUCGAGCUCGAGGGGUGAUGACGAAGAUGACGGUGGUGCGGCGUCGUCGCCGACGUCCACGCUGUGCUUCCGGACGCGGCAAUCCGGAAGCGGCACCGGGAGGCUGCAUGGGCUGCUGGCGUCCGUGGUCGGAGGGCAAGGUACCGCUGCCUCUUGAUUAGGAUUUGGAUCUCCCAGUGUUCUUGGUGACAUUUUUCUCCUGGUCGGCCGUGCUGCGUCGUCUUGCAUACUGUACUUACCUUGAGGAAAUUACAAUGAGGGGGCUUUGUACGUUAUACGACAUGGGAUAUGAACAAUGUAGUGGGUAUUUUUAGUAGGACGCACUCAAAACAGGUGAUGUUGAAUUCUUAUUUGUUCAUGCUGAAGCCAAAAUAAAGUGUCUUAUAUAUACAGAUCUA